AUGACCACUGCGGUCCAGCCCAGCGAGCUUGUCUUCGAUUUUGCCAGCAAUGGCAUGGAUGAGAUCAACCAGCUGGAUGACCCGUCAGUGUUUCCAGCAGUGAUCGUGGAGCAGGUGCCUUCUGCCGACCUCAUGCAGGUGUACUCGGGACUGGAGGCUGAUGAGGUGACCAAUGGCAUUAUGGUGGACACCAUGCAGGAUGUAGCAGAGGAAAACAUCAGGCUGGGGAAUGUUGGCCUGUCCGUCGAGACCCCAGUGUCUGGAGGAGAAGAUAACGUAGAGACCAUUGAGGCAGCCGAGGCCUUGCUAAACAUGGAGUCUCCUAACAACAUCUUGGAUGAAAAGCGCCUGAUUCACGCAUAUUUGCUGGAAUCAGACCUGAACUAUAUACCUUUGCGGCCGGAGCAACUUUCAGCUGGUUGCAUGGUCGUCUCCUUGGAUGAAGAAUCAUCCUCCAUGGAUGAGAUUCCUCAAAGGAGUCCCUCCAAACCAGUCAGGAAAACCAAAGUGCGCAAACCCAGAGUGACGCGACCCUGUUCCCCCAUUACCAAUCCUUCCCUUCCUCUGCGAAAAAAGAGCAAAGAGGGCAAAGGUAACACAAUAUAUCUGUGGGAAUUUCUCUUGGCUUUGUUGCAAGACAAAAACACCUGUCCUAAAUACAUCAAGUGGACGCAGAGAGAGAAGGGCAUCUUCAAGCUGGUGGACUCAAAAGCCGUUUCCAAGCUCUGGGGCAAGCACAAGAACAAGCCUGACAUGAACUAUGAAACCAUGGGCAGAGCACUCAGGUAUUAUUACCAGCGGGGUAUUCUUGCCAAAGUGGAAGGGCAGAGGCUUGUGUACCAGUUUAAGGAGAUGCCAACAGACCUGGUGGUCAUUGAUGAAGAUGAUGGACAAUGUGGAGACUCCAGCCCUGGCUUUGGAGGCCAGCGUUCCGCCUCUCAUAAUCGUGGCAUGAGCCGUGGAGGACCUCGUGCCCAAGGAAAAAGCUCAGGACAAAUGCAGGCCAAAGCAGUGAAGAAGGAGCUCAGUGCCAGCGUACUGUACCAGAAUGCCAAAUGCAAACAGAGCGAGCAGCUGCUGCAGACUGUACAUGUGCUGCAGCCAAACCAGGGAGCAGCUGUUCCUGCAUCUGCACACACACUGAGAGCCAUUAACAUUCCUGCCACCAUCCCCAUGGUCAUUACAUCUAGAGCACAAGGAGGAGCACCAGUCACACUGCAAACAGUUCCCUUCUCCUCUGUGCUGGCCAACAGUGACUCGCUGAAUGGCCUGACCCGUCUGGUCACGCUCAGUGCCAAUGGCCAGCCGGUGGUAGCACAGCAGCCCGGCACCGUCAUCGCCACCGUGCUGAAGCCCGGAGAGCUCCAGAACCUGCAGCUGAAGGAGGAGAUCCUGGAACCACAGUUUCUACAGUCGUUUGUUAAUGGUAAUCUGUUCUGUAAGGAGGAGGUGGAAGACAGGGUACCUGAGCUCGGACACAGGACCGUGAUCGUCGGUGUUGCAAGUCAAGGGAUGUGCCACGCUACCAAAGGACACUUAGAGGCCGUCACUGAGGCGGCGAGCAGCCCGAGUGAGGGCCUGACUCCGGUGGAGGAGCUGGAGGUAAAAAGUGAAAUAACUGGAGCCAAAGAGUUGAUGGAGUGUACGCAGGGGCCCGUCACGGUGCACAUACCAACUUCCCAGUUCAUCCAGGUGAAGACAGAGCUCUCUGAGACCUAAAGUUUCACAGAGGUCAGAAUACCAAAGACU